UAUGUGUGUGGGGGAGCGGCGUUCAGUGGAGUAAAGUCACAGUACAGCGGGUACAGCAGAGUGCGCAGUGCAGAGAUCUGCCCCGUGCCGCGCGAGCCCUCUCUCUCUCUCUACCCGCCGCCGCCGGGCAUGAAAAACAUGACGUUCCGGAGAGCGAAGAAGGGGAGCCCCCCGGAGUCCGCGUGCGGCACCUCGUGCUCGGACAGCGGCGAUAUCUACUUCCCCUCGUCCAAGUCGGACAGCGCGGUCGCGGACGCCCCGGCCGCAGCCGGCUGCGAGCUCUACACGUACCGGAGCCUGGCGUACUCCGGAGGAACCCUGCCGCGGAACCACAGAAAGGGAUUGCCGCAGAAGGGGAGGCCUCUCACUCAAUCUCCAGAGCAGAAGAGGAAAGUCAUUAUCUUGGAGAAAGCCGAGGAGGAGACGUUCGGAUUCGAGAUUCAGACGUAUGGCUUGCAUCACCAGAACGAGAACUCGGUGGAGAUGUGCACGUUCGUUUGCAAGGUCCACGACAACAGCCCUGCCCAGCAAGCCGGCCUCAGAGUGGGCGACACCAUUGCGCGGGUCAACGAGGAAAAUGUGGAAGGCUUUCGGCACAAGGAGAUCGUUCAGCUCAUCAGAUCCUCCGGAAACUCCUUGAGGUUGGAGACGGUCUACAGUAACGCCAUACGGAAGGCCGAGCUGGAGGCGCGGCUCCAGUAUUUAAAGCAAACCCUGCAUGAGAAGUGGGACGAGUACAGGUCCCUGAUGAUACAGGAGCAGCGCUUGGUGCACGGCAUUGUGAUGAGCGACGCAGCCUUGUGCGAGUCCCUGGAGUCAGCCAGGACCCUGGUUUACGGCAGCAUGGGCAGCUCGAGCCCCUCGGUCUUCCGUGCCAUCCGCUGCACAGGCAGCGCCAGCAGUAGCGCCAGCUACCUGAGCGGCGUCACAGACGACGACCCGCUGUACCAGACCUUGCUGUACCCUGGGGAGCAGACCGACGGCAAGGGCAGAGCGGCCGCCGAGGAGCAGCCCCACGCGCAACCCCUGCAGCGGUGCUCCAGCUCGGCCAGCGACUUCUCUGCCCCGACCAAGAGCCACCUCACCCGUAGUGCCAGCACUCGCAGCUACCUGCGGGGGGCACCGCCAUCAUCGACAGGGGAAAAGCAGGGCAGCUACAGCUCCCUGCCCCGGAAGCCCAAGCAGAUGAGCUUCCGCAGACGCCUGCUCAAGUUCAUACCCGGACUCAACCGAGCGCUGGAGGAGGAGGAGAGCAAACUGUGACCGCCACCCCCCAACCUCCGCGAAAGCUGUGCCUCCCCGAUUGCAGCCUGCGGCCCCCACCUCAGGAUUGAACUGGACCCUCCCCUGGUCCUCAGGCCCUGCAGCCCUUGUAGAUACCCUUCUCUGGUUUCUCCAGAGACAUUUUGUUAUUUAUUUAUUUAUUUCGAUAUAGUGACUUUUGUGUAGAUUCUACUUUUUUAAAAGAAAGACUCAAAAUGACAAAAAGUUUUCUUUCAUAAGCUGUUCACCUUAUACACCGUUGUUUCUCGUUUUGCUUUUUUUUUGGCUUUUUACCCCCAUUUUUACUGUGAGAUACAGGACUCAUUGCAGCUUUGUAAGACACAUUGGCCGUCUCUGAUACUUUUGUAAUACAU